GCUAUUCCGGCUGUUUGUCCUGCAGGACUUUUGACAUCAUAUUAUGGAGCAAUGAAUUUUAUAACAAAUGCGAGGGCUAUGCUGCAAGAAGGGUACGACAAAUUCAAGUCUCGUACAUUCAAAGUCCCACAGAUGAGGCGAUGGCUCGUCAUCGUUAACACUCCGGAACUUAUUGAUGAGGUGAGCAGAGCUCCCGAAGACAGACUGUCAUUUGUGGAAGGAACCAGAGAAGUAAGCAGUUUA